UGGAAAUCAUUAGUUUCUUCAGUACACUGUCAAUAAAGAGGCUUUAUUUGAAAUCAACGAGAGAAACAACAUUCCAAAAUGAAAUUCGCUCUCAUCUGUUUAAUUGUUUUUGUAGCAGUUGGUGAUUUAGCUGCUCAAGGUGGUCCAUGGGGUCAAAGUAGUUCAGGUGGUUCAUCGCAAGGAGGAUUUGGAGGUGGUAUGGGCGGAGGACAAGAUGGUCAAAGUAGUGGAUCAAAUAGUUCCGGUGGUUCAUCACAAGGAGGAUUUGGAGGUUCAAGUGGUAUGGGCGGAGGUCAAGGUGGACGAAGCAGUGGGUCAAAUAGUUCAAGUGGUUCAUCACAAGGAGGAUUUGGAGGCUCAAGUGGGCAAGGAGGUAUGGGCGGAGGACCAAGUGGUAUGGGUGGAGGUCAAGGUGGGCAAAGCAGUGGAUCAAAUGGUUCAGGCAGUUCAUCACAAGGAGGAUUUGGAAGCUCAGGAGGACAAGGUGGACAAGGUGGUUGGUCAAGUAGUUCAAAUGGUUCAAGUGGUUCAUCACAAGGAGGAUUUGGAGGCUCAGGUGGGCAAGAAGGUAUGGGCGGAGGACCAGGUGGUCAAAAUUGAGAAAGAGAAUAAAUCUAGUGGUCCAUCUAUAAUACAAAAAAAAAAAUGUACUUCAUGCAGAUUCGACAUAGAAAAUAAGAAAUAAAAAUUGUAAUACUUUUGAAAAAUGUAUAAUGCUUUUACAAAAAUUAUUAAAGAAUAAACACAAUAAAAGAAUAUAAA